AUGAGCCGUGGAGACAGCAUUGAGGUGCGCCUUUCCGAAGAAAGCUUCGACUUCCAGCAAAACGAUGAUGAAUCGCUAAAGACGACUUGUCUCCAAGUCUUGAAGGGCUUAUCGUUUCAAGGGGCUAUUAUCGCCGCCGUCAUAUUGUCUCCAAUGUUAUUUUUUACUCAAAAGAAAUAUGCAGAAUUGAAAGGGGAUUUUAAGAAUGAAGUUGGUGACAUUUAUCGCUCAAAAUCAAUUUUCUUUAGGAAUUAUGCAGCAAUGGAGAGGGAUUUUAAGAUCUUUGUGUACCCUGAUGGAAACGCAACAACAUGUUAUCACUCAACUGAUCACAAGCUCGAAAGCAAAUAUGCAAGUGAACAUUACUUCUUCAAGAAUCUGAUUGACAGUCGGUUCUUGACUGAUGAUCCUCGUGAAGCCCAUUUCUUCUUUAUUCCCAUUUCUUGUGGAAAAAUGGGAUCCACGGCGUGGAUCACUUUUUUUGUCAGUUGCCAUGACAUUGGCAGCAGGGCUGCUGCUGAAGUUCCAUUUCUAUUGAAGAAUGCAAUUCGACUUGUUUGUUCACCAAGUUAUGAUUCCAACUAUAUUCGGCAGAAGGAUAUUGCCCUUCCACAGAUACUGGAGCUCUCUCUUCCUCCAACUACAGACUCUUCUCCUUUUCACGGAUCUGACAUCUGUAACAGGUAA